ACAAAAAUCCGUGAAUGUCUGAGACGUCGAGAUCCUCAACCUCCAGGAACCUGAUACGGACUCCUCUGGUGCUCGUAAACCUUGGCUCUGUGGUCAACCACUUUUUCUCGAGAAGGCUGAAAGGCCACUCUCUAUCUCUCCAGUUGCAAAAUUUCUUUUGAGCCCAUUGAACCUUAAUUAUGCGAAUAUUAAGGCUAAGUUAAGUUAGCCCAUGUCAAGAUUCUCGCCACUGCAGACUGCAUGUCUUGGAUUUUUACUGCAGAGAGUUAGCUGAAGGAUGAUUAAGUAAGAAAAUGAGUUGCACAGAGAAUGUCGUUAAAAAUGGUGAGGUACCGAAGCCUCAGAAAGGUAGAUAUAUUGCAAGCCUGGACCUGGGGACAACAACCAUCAGGUGUUUCAUAUAUAAUGAAAGAGUUGAAGUAUAUGGAAAAGCAGAGCAAAAGGUUACUUUGUUAUAUCCAUCAUCAGGACAAGUGGAGAUUGACCCAAACGAACUUUGGGAAAAAUUUGUGCAGGUUAUUAAAGGAGCAAUUGCCAAUGCAAAUUUAAAUGCCAAAGACAUUUGCUGUCUUGGUAUAACAACUCAAAGAGCAACUUUUCUCACAUGGAACCGUCAAACUGGUGAACCUCUUCACAACUUUAUUACGUGGAAAGACAUUCGGGCAGAUCGUUUAGUGAAAGACUGGAAUGAAUCAUGGACUUUGAGGGGGUUAAGAUGGAGUGCCUCCCUGUUGUAUGGUGUUUUGAGAAAAAAGCAAUAUUUGGCUGCUAGUGUACUAAAAUUUUUCAAUAUUCAAGUCCAUGCAACUGAUUACUCUAAUGCUAGUGGUACAGCAAUAUAUGACCCUUUUAUUCAAGAUUGGAGUCCCAUUUUAACAUCCAUGCUGAGUAUACCGAAGCACAUUUUACCAGAGCUUCGAAAUUCCGUUGGUGAAUGGUGCAUUUGCUCUCAAGAUUUGUUUGGUGCUCCAAUACCUGUUACAGCAGUGGUUUCUGAUCAAGGAGCAUCAUUGUUUGGUAUGUGUCGAUUCAGAAAAGGCGAUGUCAAGAUCACUCUCGGCACUGGUUCGUUCCUUAAUGUUAACACUGGAAAUGAAGCACAUGCAUCAAUUAAUGGAAUCUAUCCUGUGCAUGGAUGGAAAGAUUCAGAAGGAAUAAUACAUAUGGCAGAGGCAUCAUCCAAUGACAAUGGAACUAUUAUUGAAUGGGGAAAGAAUAUUGGUUUAUAUGGAAAUGCUGCUGAAACAUCUGAUUUGGCAAGUUCUGUGAAAAGCUCCAAUAAUGUUUACUUCAUUCCUGCUUUCAAAGGAAUUCAGGCCCCUGUAAAUGAUACUAGAGCUACCAGUGGAUUUCUUGGAUUGAGCGAGGAAACCACACGCGCUCACAUGGUGCGGGCCAUGCUGGAAUCUUUAGCCUUUCGUGUUUAUCAGAUGUACAGGACAUUACACGAAGAAGCAGAUUAUGAAUUCUCAUCUGUCAGAGUUGAUGGAGGAGUAUCUCAGAAUGACUUUAUGAUGCAGAUGAUUGCUACUCUGACAGGAAAGACUGUUGAAAGACCCUGUAACAUAGAUUCUUCAGCUCUAGGUUGUGCAUUUUUAGCUGGUAUUGGUGCAGGAAUAUGGCAAUCAAGAUCUCAGUUGGUACCAGCAUUCAAAGUAGGUAAGAUUUUCAACCCUGAUAUGGAACUCAGACCAAAACUGUUGGCUGAAAUGAAGGAAUGGGAAAGGGCCCUCAAACGAUUUACUAAGUGGCUUUGAAAUAAUUCUUGGUGUUCUGGUUAAUUGAUUUUUUAUACUUUUAUAGAAAGAUACGACCUCAAAGUGUUCAUCUCUGUCUUUCCUGAACUACUGUACAGUAUUCUGUAAAUACUCCCAUUGCUAUUGAAAAAUAUUGUUGAAGUUUAUGUUGUUAUAUUUUCAUAAUUAUAACAUUGGUAGCAAUAGCAUUUGUACAAUAAGAACCCUCCACUGUUUAGAGGUUACAUUUAUUCAGAUAAAUAGAAGAUACUGAGAACUGUUUGAGGCAGCCAUUUUUGUUAUUUCAGUAUGUACUAUGCCUAAUUUAGGAAUUUCCUGGUUUCUAACCAAACAGUGAGGAAUGAAAUAUAUAAUGUGUAUUUAUAAAAAUCAUUGCCUUAUGCCUUGUUUUGGUGUCUGUAUCUGUUCUUAGAAAAAUAUGUAAGGAGAUGCCUGCCGUAAGGGUUAAACUAUUGCAUCUAUCACAUACCUUCUUAUCAUGAAUCUUUGAUCCUAUCUGCUAGGCAAAGACCUGCUCUUGUUCUGUGAAAUCAUUUUUAUUUUCUGUUACAUGGUUGCAUUACUCUUAACUUUUUCUCAGCAUGAUAGUGAGUUAAUACAAUUAAUAUGUUGGCUUCUUUCUAUCUAUUCAUAAAAAUCGUUGCUUAAGCCUUGUUGACACGGCUAGUUUAGCAGCUGCUAGUGCUAGCAACCUGUGAACUACUCUUCUACUUACCCAAUGUCAAUGAAAACUAUCCUAGUGUCAACACUUACUUGCUGGGUAAGUUAAUUUGCAGCAGUUACUAAACUAGCCCCAUGUCAAGGCUUUAGUGUAAAACAUGCCAGAGCUCACACUCCUAUACUGUGCAUAUCGCUUGCUGUACUAAAGUUACCCAAAAGAUGGAAUUAUUCAUGAAAGAAGAGGUUUAAUUUCUUAGUUCGAAUUCCUCUGCUAAUUAUUUACAUGACACCUCUAACCCAGCUGCCAUUUCAUUUUUUAAUAGUAUAUCUAUUUCAUUUUGAUGUGUCUUGCUGUCAUCCCACCAGAAUUUAUAUUUUUCUGUAUCACUAUGAUUGUUUUUGUACAAAUACUGGAUAUUGCUUCCUCUUUUUCCAAAAGUUGGUAUUUUGCAGAAAUGUUUUUUAAUGUUUCAUGAUGAUACUAUUAUAUCACCUUGGUUGAACUUUUCUUCUUCCUUGCUUGGAGUACUGAAGUCCUGUGUGGUCUUUGGGUACUGACUUUCAUUUCAGACUCUUGGACAGAGUUAUGUUGUCAGUCAAAUUAAAUUGCCAACUCUUAAUGUUGACUUGUGGCAUAGACAGAAUGUGAGUUCAUUAUGUUAGUUGCAUGAAAUGUUCUGAUAUGACAGACAACCUUAACACUCUUCUUUACCUGACUUUGCUGUUUUUGCUCACAACGCUAAGUAUCAGCGUGUUAUUUUUUAGUACGUUUAAUACUACUCAGUUUGCCUGGAGUUUUAUCUUGGCUACAUUUAAAAUGUAGAUUAGCCCAAUGCAGAAGGGGAAUCUUCUGAUCUCCAAAUGUUCAAGUAAGGAGCAAAUUCAUUCCAGCUGUCUCCUGACAUCUCAUGAAUUCAAGCAUAUCAGAUUUUUCUGUUCACUCAUAUUUAUCACCUUUUAUAACGUGUCAUUCUUUGCGGGUGAACUUUCCUUUUGAGUCAUUUUGGGUAUACAGUCUGUUGAUUCUGUCCAUAAGAAUUGUAUCAGUAUGUAUUGUGUAAGGAGUCGUCGAUUCCAAAAACAAAAUUUUUUUUAUGGAAUGUGAAGAAUUGUAUAAAAAUCUUGGUGCCUCCCACAUGCACAGUCUUUUGUUGAUUGUAAGAUCAGUCAAAGCUGUCGAAAUGUAGGACCAUAUCCAUGUGCAUAUGCUUAAAAAGAGACCUUAUGCAUAUAUGCUUAAGAGUUAUCCAGUCUACCUUCCAAUAGAGGCUUUUUGACAAGGCUGCCAGAUAUCUUCCACUAACAAGUCUUCCACUUUAUCGUUACAAUUAUGUCAGCCUCUUCCAAGGUUUUCUCCAGUACUUGAUCAAUUUUCUCAAAUUGUGUUCCCUUUUUGGCAAAUUUGCCAGGAAGAUAAUAUGGACAGUUUCCAACCUUUUUCUAAGUCUUCCAGUGUCUCACAAGUCUUCCCACUUUUCUUUCAACAUCUGAAGUCCUCAAAGUCAGCUUAAUUAGCUCACUCUCCCUGGCUACAUCAAUAAAACCCAACCACCUUCCCUUUCCAAUACGUAUUUCAAGACGUUACAGUAUAUAGGCACGAGGCUAAUCCUAGCUGCUACUGCUUACGCGUUAACUCUUCAGAUCUUCUUUAUAUUAACUUCUGUCUUAAAUUUGUCAAGUUUGUUUUCUGUGUAUUACUUCAGAACUCUUCAAACACAGUUUAUAGUGCCAAUGGCAUUGAAUACAGAAUAUAUAGUUCUGUUGCAUUCACACUAAAAAGGGAGACUGAAUGGGUGUAGGAGUUUGAACAUGCUUAUAGGGAAUGCCACUUACUCCAAUAGGAUCAUGUUAAGUAUGUACUACUUGUCCUCACUCUUGAACCCAAAGCUUAGACUUACUUAAUGGUUUGUAAUUGAAUAAAGGGUCAGACCCAAAACAAGUGAAAAGAGCCAUUGGCAAAGGAUAAUUAAAAACAGUCUCCAGCUGGCAAUCAAGCUAAGAAGUAGUGUUUUGUAUUUGUUUGAAAUAAGAAAAUUAAAUUCUGCUGUUUAUUCAUUUGGAAAUACAGAAACAACUGAAGUUCUUAUACAAUAUAUUGCUAAUGAAAAGCAUUCAACUUACUGUGAUAACUAACUAUGCUAAGUUUCAGCACAAUUUUCAAACUGGAAAGUUUUGCUUCUGUGAAGAGGUAGUAUUGCAGAUUCUCAAAUUCAAAGAUUCUAUCAUUUUCAUUUUGCAUGGUGGUAGAUUGCUUACAAUAUUAACUACAGGUGCAAGUUUUUGCAGAGGUUACUCACUUUUAAAGUUAAAAUUGAGAUUAUUUUUUUACUGUAUAAAAAACUGCAUCUAGCAGACUGUAACACUGAUGAAUGUUAAUGUUAAAAUAUGGUGUGAAGUACAUAACAAAUAAAUGGAUUUAUCAGAG